GUUAGAGCCGGGCUGGUCGGCGGCGGAGGCGCGGCAGUGGCGGGGCUCUCGGCCGGGAGCCAUGGGCCAGGACCUGGCGUGGCUCAACCACUCCGGCAGCCCGUGCGCGGCGGGCGGGCAGCGCGGCGGGCCCUUCUCCGCUGCCGCCGCGGCGCUGCUGGCGGCGCUCAUGGGGCUGCUGGUGCUGGCCACCGUGCUGGGCAAUGCCCUGGUCAUCCUGGCGUUCGUGGUGGACCGGAGCGUCCGCACGCAGAGCAACUUCUUCCUUCUGAACCUGGCCAUCGCCGAUCUGCUGGUGGGCGGCUUCUGCAUCCCCCUCUAUAUCCCUUACGUGCUGACGGGCGAGUGGAGGCUCGGCAGAGGCUUGUGCAAGCUGUGGCUGGUGGUAGACUACCUGGUGUGCACUGCCUCCGUCUUCAACAUCGUCCUCAUCAGCUUCGACAGGUUCAUCUCUGUCACCAAGGCGAUAAAUUACAGGGUUCAGAAAGGGAUGACUAGAAAUGCAAUACUGAAGAUGAUCACUGUAUGGAUUGCUGCUUUUCUUCUCUAUGGUCCAGCCAUCCUUAGCUGGGAGCACAUUGCCCAAAAAAGCAUCCUCCCUGAAGGAGAAUGUCACGCAGAAUUCUUCUACAACUGGUAUUUCCUAAUGAUUGCAUCUACUAUUGAAUUCUUUACACCUUUCAUCACUGUUACAUACUUUAACUUAAGUAUUUACCUCAACAUCAGGAAGCGCACUUCCCUGAGAAAUGAAAACCUAUCAUCUGGUCAAGAGGACUGUGAAAUGAAUUUCCAGGGGAAAAAAAGGGAACACGUAUUUUUUGUAAAACCUGCUAACAGACACAAACAGGAGAAGAGAGCAAACAGUCUUUCUCCCCCUAAACAACAGGUGUCAAAGUUCAGCCUAUCUAAGCUUGAGAAUCAGUCAUUAAAUUUGAAUGUCAGUCAAGACCUUCCACCACUUCAGGUAGAUGUUGAGACCAAACCACAUAGGAAUGGUUUAUACAAAACUACAGAAAGCAUAUGCAACACCACACGCAGAAGGGACAUUGCUAACACCAUGGCAAAUAAAUUUAGACUUUCCCGAGAUAAAAGAGUAGCAAAAUCAUUAGCAAUUCUUGUCUGUGUGUUUGGUUUGUGCUGGGCUCCAUACACACUCUUGAUGAUCAUUAGAGCAGCUUGCCACAGGCACUGUGUACAUUAUUCACUUUAUGAGACUUCAUUUUGGUUUCUCUGGGUGAAUUCAGCCAUUAACCCUAUUCUAUAUCCAUUGUGCCACAUGAGCUUUAGAAAAGCUUUUAUAAAACUCCUGUGUCCAGGAAAAGCCAAAAUUCAUCCUCAUGUUUUGAUGUGAAAACAAACAAAAAAAUACCAAGUUUCAAAAAAAAAAAAAAAAAAGCAUCUUGCUUUCAGUAGGAACAUAAAGUGUCUCAGUGUUCAGUGUUCACCUACAAAUAUUAAAUACAAGUAUUUAUAUUUGUAGUACUUUAAGGGAAUACUGAUAAAUGAAUACAAGUGUAGAUAGAUUUAGGAAUGUAUUGAAAUAGUCCACAUUGCUGGAGAAACCACAAGUAAUUAGAACAAGGCUAUUAUUUGUUAAAGUUUUUAGGGAAGUUAUGCCAACAGUACAAGUCCAGUGCACCAUCACCAGAAAGAAAAGUGCCAAAAAGAGAAUAGAGCAUUCAUGUCAAAGUUAAAUUUCAGGUUCUCUCCCUUUUAAUCAUUACAAGUAUUACUAGUAAGGAAUUUCAUUAAGUGUUAAGCAUAGGCCUGCCAUAUUUUACCUCCAGCCCUGUUUUAUAAGGCUCUUAAAGGUGUUAGUUGUGAAGGGUGGUAUGCAUUUUGGGGAGGCUAUUGCCUCUGCAACAGUAACAGCUUUCUUCCUGAAUAGCAAGCUAGACAGGACGGUUGCUAAUGGGACAAAACUAAAUACUAAUGUCCAGGAAAAGCACAGGACAAAAGGCAACAGAAAAGUCUUGUGACCAGAGAAGCUCAGCAAUUAAAGCAGGUAAGGGAGCACAGGUUUGAGGGGGAAAAGCUGACUGAGAAGAAUUAUAGUAGAACUGAAACACAGACAAGAAUCUUAAGGGAGUUUGAGCUUUGUGAUACAAGGUAUGAAAAGUAGAAGCUUGUGCAGCAGAAGAGUUACAGGGGAAACCUCCUCUCCCAGCUAGGACUGCCUGCCCCUUCUUGGUGGGGGGACUGGGAUCCUGAAUGGGCAGGAAUCUACUCACAAGUCAAACUUGUAUUCCUUAGAGAACUGCAAGGUAUUGGUCUUCUCUUGCUGUAACUAUAUAGUAAACCUAAUUAAUCUAUGAGAUCUGACAGGGAGCUAGCACUAUGAGAAAGUCUAAAGUUAACUUCUCUUGGAAUAAUUUUAAAAACAAAAUGCAAACUAAAUUUGAAAUCUCUUAUUUCUAUUGCAUUUUGAAAGAAAAAGAAAUGUGUUUUUUUUGCCCAUCUACUGGAUCUAUCCAUCCAUACAUGGAUGGUUUAACAGAGCAUUUAACAUUUGCUACUACAAUGUUAAACCAAUGUUUAGUCUUUAAAAUGAUGCCUCAUAAAUAGCAUGGCCCAAAGUCUGUUACACUAACAGCCUUGCUCUUAACUAUAGGUGGCAAAAAGUACUUAAUUGCUUAUAUUGUUUUCUGCUCUUCUGCCUUUGCUACAAGAGAUUCACAGAGCUAGACCGGGAAUGCUGUCUAGAUCUGUCCCCCUUGAAAAGUAUCAGUUUGAACACCAUCAGUAAGAAGUUUCUCACCCUUAUGAGCAUCUUCUACAUGGUUUGAGACACUUUACUGAUGAGAAGUGUGAUAGUUCUUGAACAGCCAUAGUUGCCCAUUGCCCCAGCUAAAAAUGCAUGUUAGUACAGUUAAUCUCAAAGUUUACACAUUACUUUGAAAUUUACUUCUUAAAAUUUCAAUAAAGGUAAUACAGAGCUAUGCAAGA